CCGAUAGAUAGAUCGCAUGUUGCUUUUUAUGUAGCACAUUCAAUUUUUAGGCUGACUGGAUCACGACGCCAGUUUCCCUUGGCUGUGUAACUAACUAGCUACUGUAGCUGUCAUUCAAAGUUAGCGCUAAACAGGUGGCUAGCGAAGAUGAAUGUCCCUAAAACUGGAUACCGGGUCUUCUCUGCAAACUCCACCGCCGCAUGCACAGAACUAGCCAAAAGGAUUACAGAACGUCUGGGAGUGGAGUUGGGCAAAUCUGUGGUGUUCCAGGAGUCCAACAGAGAGACAAGAGUGGAUGUAAAAGAGUCUGUACGUGGCCAGACCAUCUUCAUCAUUCAGACCAUUCCCAGAGAUGUAAACACCGCCAUCAUGGAGCUGCUAGUCAUGGCGUACGCCCUAAAGACCUCCUGUGCUAAGAACAUCAUUGGAGUCAUCCCCUACUUUCCCUACAGCAAACAGUGUAAAAUGAGGAAGAGGGGCUCCAUUGUUUGCAAACUGCUAGCUUCCAUGCUAGCCAAAGCAGGUCUCACCCACAUCAUCACCAUGGACCUACACCAGAAGGAGAUUCAGGGGUUCUUCAGCUUUCCUGUCGACAACCUGCGAGCCUCACCCUUUCUGCUUCAAUAUAUACAAGAGGAGGUUCCUGAUUACAGAAAUGCCAUCAUUGUUGCCAAGUCUCCCUCAGCAGCUAAGAGGGCUCAGUCGUAUGCGGAGCGUCUGCGUCUGGGUUUGGCUGUGAUGCAUGGAGAGGCCCAGUGUUCUGAGUCUGACAUGGCUGACGGCCGACACUCCCCUCCCUGUGUUCGUAACACCUCUGGUCAUCCAGGUCUCGACCUGCCCCUGAUGAUGGCCAAGGAGAAGCCCCCCAUCACAGUGGUGGGAGACGUGGGAGGCAGAAUCGCCAUCAUCGUGGAUGACAUCAUCGAUGAUGUGGAGGACUUUGUGGCAGCAGCAGAGAUCCUGAAGGAGAGAGGAGCCUACAAAAUUUACAUCAUGGCCACACAUGGCCUGCUGUCUGCCGACGCGCCCAGGCUCAUAGAGGAGUCUGCGAUAGACGAGGUGGUGGUGACUAACACUGUGCCCCAUGAGGUGCAGAAGCUUCAGUGUCCUAAGAUCAAGACUGUAGAUGUGAGCAUGAUCCUUGCAGAGGCCAUCAGGCGCAUCCACAAUGGAGAGUCCAUGGCCUACCUGUUCAGGAACAUCACCGUAGAUGACUAGACCUCGCACACUCAUGGACUCAUCUCAGUGGUCUCUUCUGGUCUCCUGUUUGGGCUCAGGCUGAAUGCACUGGAGGAAGAACCUCACAGCUUCUCUUGCUAUUCUUCUUUAGAAGAAUAGCAAGGUGAAAAGAAUGAAAACAAAAAGGUUUUGAUUUAAGUUAGGACUAUAGACAUUCUCUCCCUGCUCCCUCCCUCCUUCCACCUCUCCCUGCUCUCUCCAUCCAUUCCGACAGAAAUGGAACUUUGAGUUGAUGGGAUGAAACAAAAAAGUGUUAGCACUCCUGAUUGAACACUUCAGUAUUUGAAUGCAAUCAGGUAAAUGUUGUUCUUUAACCCUCCCUGUCAUCUUCAUAGUUGUGAUGCCUUGUACAUCCUCUACUCUUAUCUUCUGCCCCGCCAACCCUUCUCUCCUCCAAACCCUCCUCCCAUACUCCUCACCCCUUUGUCCUCCUCCCUAACCCUCCUCCUUAACUCUUUCCCUCCUUUCCUCCCCUCUUAACUCUCCUGUAUAAAUCGGAGAGGCCAGACAGAGGGUUAAGAAUGAAUGAAUAUUCAGCCAUGUUGUUUAACAAUGUUUCCCUAUUGUAAAACAUUUCAAUGUAAUCCACUGAUGUCCUGUUGGGAAACGAGCCCUUGUUUCUGCCCACCAAUGAAUUUAUCAUAAUCUUAGUAUCCCAGCAACUUCAUUAUCCUUGUCACUUAUUGCAGUCGGUCAACUGUCACUUGUGAAAGUCUUUAUGUAAAUAUACUUUAUGCAAUAAGCUGUCUGUGUAUUUCUGAAUGGAUUUAAUGUGUUCCAUUAAAUGGAUCUUGUA